AUGCCCUCCCAUCCACCUAUCAACGUCCCCCGGCAUGUUGCUGAAAACCUUCGCUCUCUUUCCCUUGCCUUUCAUCCAGAUUCAAUUUCAAAGUAUCGUUUUGACCGUCCAUUUAUACCGCAGUUCAUAUCCUCCCGUGGCAAUGAGUACUUCUGUGAAAUCGAUGAGGAAUACUUGACCGAUCGAUUCAACUUGACGGGCCUGAACACUGAAGUUCAGUACUAUCAGUACGCCCUUGACCUCAUCACUGAUGUCUUCGAUCUCGAUGCCGAUGAUGACCUCCGCGAGCAAAUCGAAAAAUCUGCUCGUCAUCUUUACGGUUUAGUCCAUGCCCGGUACAUUGUCACUACUCGUGGGUUAGCCAAGAUGCUCGACAAGUAUAAAAAAGGCGACUUUGGCAAAUGCCCCCGUGUCCUCUGCGACCAACAUCCUCUUCUCCCCAUGGGACAGUCUGACUUACCUAAUCAGAAGACAGUCAAACUCUACUGUGCGAAGUGUGAAGACAUCUACAACCCAAAAUCGUCCCGUCACGCGUCCAUCGAUGGAUCUUAUUUCGGUACAUCCUUUCAUAACAUCUUGUUCCAGGUAUAUCCAGCGCUCGUGCCGGAAAAGAGCAUCCGCCGUUACGAGCCUCGUGUCUACGGCUUCAGGGUACAUGCCAGCGCCGCCUUGGCCCGCUGGCAGGAUGCUCGUCGUGAAGAUAUGAGGGAACGUCUACACCAUGCGAACAUCGACGCGACUUUUGUUGAAGACAGCGAAGAUGAAGAGUAUGAGUUCGAUGACGACAACGAAGACGAUGACAAGCCCGACAUUUCUAAGGAAGUCGUCGUAGGGGAUCAAGCUCCUGCACGAAUGGAUAUGGGUGUUUAA